CGUUGAAACAUAGUAGUGAAAUACAGUGAAAAAUGGCCGAUACAGCUACUGAAGUCGUUACCGCAGCAUCGGUUGCCGCAUCUCCAGCCAAGACACCGAAAAAGGCUCGUGCUCCUAAAGGAGAGGGUAAGAAACCGAAAAAGCCAGCCACUCAUCCACCAGUGAAUGAAAUGGUUUUAGCCGCCAUCAAGACUUUGAAGGAACGUAAUGGAUCAUCUCUUCAGGCCAUCAAGAAGUAUAUCGGUGCCAAUUACAAGUGCGACGUUGCUAAGCUCUCAACUUUCAUCAAGAAAUCUCUGAAGAGUGGUGUUGAGAAAGGUAGUCUUGUGCAAACCAAAGGAAGUGGAGCAUCGGGGUCCUUUAAAAUUAAAUCUAAGGACAAGACACCUGCGGGCGAGAAGAAACCAAAGAAAACUGCGGCUGGGAAGAAGCCUUCAGGGGAAAAGAAAGUUGCCAAAAAGGCAGCCACUCCCAAAACUGCUGCCGUCAAAAAGCCUAAGGCAGCACCAGCAAAGAAAGCGGUUGAGAAGAAGGCUAAAGCAGCCGUCGCCAAAGUUGCCAAAAAGGCUGGAACCGUGAAAAAAGCGGCCGCUCCCAAACAGAAAGCAACCAAACCAUCGAAAACAGCGGCGAAGAAGCCUAAAACUCCAAAACCGAAAAAGGCUGCACCGGCUAAGAAACCCGCUCCGAAGAAAGCCGCCGCCAAGAAGUAAAGUUCAGUCGAUUGAAAUGAUUUAAAAACAAACAGUCCUUCUCAGGACUACAAACACAUUGAAUCGAAAGAGUAACAAAAGUUUUUCACCUCAAAUAAUAAUUCAAAUGAUUUUUUUAUAACAGUUAAUAUACAUUUUCACACAUCUGCAUCAUGUGUCCAACAUUGUACACUAUUAAGAAUGUUCAUAUUCUAACGUAACGAGAUAUGAUGGCCAACUGAUGAUAUCGAAAAGCAUCAAUUGUGUAACAAACUUUACUUCGAGCCUGCAUUAGGUUGCGACCACAUGAGGUUUUGGUCUAAAAUCAUUCAUAGCCAUCGCGAUCGUUUUGAGAU